CUGUACGCAGGGGGUUCGUUUUGUUUACGUUUGUAACGAAAUCUUCUGUUUUUCGUGAAACAAACUGUUGUGGUAGUGAAUGUAUGGUAGCAAAGGACAUUUCUAAAAUGGGAUUAACUAGAGAAAAAUUGAUAUCGCAUGUAGCAAAUACUUGAACAGUGUGGUGUACGCAUAGAAAAAAAAGCAACCCCAUCAUCCAGUGCACAACCAAUUUCGCGUUUCACAUCCGCCCGAACAAGAAAAAAAGUGGUAUCGGAAAGUGGUGCAAAGAAGAAGAACUGGAAGAAGAUCGAUCGCGGAGGCUGUGUGCUGGCUUCAUAAUUGACAGCUUUCUACACGAUCAGCAAAUCGGAGCGAAAGAAAAAAAACCCAUCGACGCUGGUGCCAGUGAAAACUUUCUAGGCAAAAUCGAACCAAAUGCUAAGUUGAUCCUUGGCUGCUGUGAGUGCAAAUGUUGUUUCGCUGUUGCGAGCGCUCGUACGCAGCAUCCGCGCUAUGGAAUUUGCACGGUGACGUUUGUUUUUGUUCCUGGUUAAAUGGCACCACCGUGAGUGGAAUGCGGACAGCAACAAAGCGUAGCAACGAUUUAUGUUCUAUUCGUCCCAGGUCAGUCUGCAGCAACAGUUUGCUAUGUGUAUCUCUGGUGUAAAGAAGCUUAAUGUAGUGAGUGAACAACGCAGCAUAAACAUUCGCGUUAUAGAAACACUUAAACAUUGAUAGUUGAUUGUGCAAGCAUUAACCCCCUGCUACCCUUACCCAUCAUGCAUGCGGCUGGUGUUAGUGGUGGCGGCGGUGGUGGUGGUGGUACCGGAGCAGCCCAUCGUCGAAGAAAGAAACGAUCAAACUAUGGCAACCGCACGGUCGAAGUAAACCGUGGAACGAAUGGUUUCGGUUUUACCAUAUCCGGACAGCAGCCCUGUAUCUUGUCCUGCAUCGUGGCAGGAUCUCCGGCCGAUCUAGCCGGAUUGCGCGCGGGCGACUUUCUCAUCUCCGUGAACGGAUUGAACGUAUCGAAACUACCUCACGAAUCAGUGGUACAGCUGAUCGGUACGACGCACGGUACGAUUCGGAUGGCCAUCGCCGAAAACUACUACUCGGACAGCUCGGAUGAGGACAUACUGUUUCACGGUGCACAGCAGCAGCGCACCCGACCGAAGUAUCCUCACAAGACGAAAUUCUCGCGCGCAGCCACACAAGGCACCAUGGUGGUGAACGGUGCCGGAAUGGCCGGGUGCAGUUCCAACGGUGCUGCGGAUCGUAUCAUGACACACGGUGCAACCAGUCCUAUAAAACCGCUCAUGCUGAGCGGAGAAAACGUGCAAGAAGAAUUGUCAGUAAACGGUAACGUGUCUCCACAACCGGGUGCGGCGGCCACGGCGUACAACGUCAUCCACAGUCCCAAUGCCAGCAAUAGUUGUGAUAUUUCUAACGUAAGUGCAAUGGUACGCUCGGUACAGCUUGGAACAGGUCCAUGCGACGAUAGUACAGCGCUAGUACGGGCUGCCGGAUCGGCGGGACAGUGCCCGAGCCAGGAAGGUUUGCUGGAGUAUCAGGCCAUCGUUGGCUACCUUGGAACGAUCGAGAUGCCGAAGCAGAUAGCAACCAGUUCGAAGCUGCAAACUGUUCGUAGCUGUAUCAGAAAGAUGCGCCAGGAAAAACGAAAUCCCACUACGGUGCUGAUGACGAUACUGCCCUCCUGUCUGAAUCUGACCAACACGAGCAACAAUUUGAUCGCGAAGUACGCAUCGGCACGGCUCAGCUAUGUGAGCAGUAGCAGCGAAAGUGACAACAAGUACUUUGGGCUAGUAACGUCGGCCAUUUACGCGGACGGACUGAUGUGUGACAGCGCGGACGUACUAAGCCAUCCACGCAAAGAUGUGGUCAUUUCGAACAGUUGCCAUGUAUUUGUGAUCGAUGGAAAGCUGGUAGAUCAUGAGGUGCACUUAGAGAAGGCGGCCCUCUUUCGGGUUGUUUGUACAAAGGACCCAAUAACGAAUUUGUGUCUCGAGUUCCCGUCCAAUUCCGAGUACGUGGUCAAUCUGAUCCGCAGCAUGUACAGCUUGAAAUCCCCCAUGAAAACGGACGGCGGUAGUACGGGAGGAUACGGCAAACCGCCGGUAGCGAGAAACCUUAACUUGGACCAAGCACCAGGCGCACGCGGUUUUCCACGCAAUCGGUCCGAUCCGCGACUCAAUCCACGAGCAGGAAUGGAUAUCGAUGCGCACGAUAUGCUGGCAGCCAAUUCUCCCCAACCGAGCAAUCACAGUGAAAUUACAACAACAUCGAGCAAUUCCGAUUCGGGCAUCGGGUUUCACAACGAUUGUCGUAACAUCUCCGACCGGAUUCUGUUGGUCGAUUUCCCAGGCAUGCUUGGUCCCCAACAGCAACGGUUGCUUCAGCAGCAGCAGAUAGCGAACGUGCGGGCCCAUUACAGAAAAUCGCACCCAUUUUUGCGUCCGGCCGGAAUAAUAAAUGAAAUCCCUCCAAAAAUGGACCCAAUCAGGAACAUACGCAGCAUGGGUGGCGCGGGAUGCUCGCCAGACGGUGCGAUCGCAGGUCCGUCCCGAGCAGGGUUGCAAAUCGCGCACGGUAAAUCAAAAUCAGCCGACUAUAGCUUUCCUUCGUCGUCUGCGAGCACCCCAUUCGUCGAUCGGUUAACGGUGCGUGCCAGGCCCGAUCCUAAACCGUUUUCCUCCGAUCGAUCUCCUUCGAAGGAGAAUGCUUUGAAUUGUAUGCAGGAUGAUGGCACACAGGAGCUUGCCGCCAUAGUACAGGAAUCGGACGUCGAUCGGUGGACGUGCGGUAGAACGUUGGACGAGCAGGGUAACGUGGUGGAAGAGCGUGCCGUCGAUGUACCACCGAUGGAGGAGUUGUUCCUCGAUCUGGAACGCUACAAUAAUGACAACGUGAAGAAUAGCCUGCUGGUCGCCCGGUCCUGUGAUGAUAUGAUCCUCUCACUCGGCAAGAAACCGACACGCUCGCUAGCGGAUGGCGAGGAAGAUGCGCAUGAUCAGAUGCUGCUGGACGCCGAAGCGUACGAACGGUUAAAAAUAAAGCUAUCGAUCGAUGAUUUGACGCUAAUUUCCUCCGAAUCUUCUGGGCUGGCGCCUGGAGGAGUGCACGAGGAACGGCCCACCGCCACUAGCAGCGUCAACCAGCACGUGUUCCUACAGCCACUAAAACCGGUGAAACGUUCCAAGAAAGCUUGCACAACACACACCGCAAAGGCUUCGUCCGGCAAACUGGCAGCAAUCCACGGUACACCGAUGGGUACGGAAGACAGCACACCUUCUUCUGUCCAUGGCCGCCGGAGCGGUGAUAAGAUGACAGCUUACAAACUCAGCCCGAAAGUGUUUGGUUUGCCGCGCCCCAUCUCGGUUAGCUUCGAAAACAUUUCCACACUUUCCGGCACUGUUGGAGAGGAUGCGCGCGAUAGCACUGGGGGUGUCGAUAAGCUUGGUGUAGAGGAGAUGUACUUCGAUGGUGAUGAAACCGUCCGUAGCAGUGCGAACAAAAGCUCACGUCGGACAGGCAGCGGGACUCCUGGUUCGGGGCGAAAAAGUCGGGCAGCGAAACGUUUGAGUGGCGGAUUUUCUGCCAUCUGGGGUAGCCUACAGGAGCUAAGAAGUGGAAGCUUCGGAAACCAUGGUGGCAAGGAAGAUCGUACGAAGCCGGAUCAUGGCCGUAGCUCAACGUUGGAUGUGUGCAAUGGUAGUGGUGCUGAUGGUGGUGCGUUAGUGACAAAACAGAAAGAACGGGAAAGGAGGCUGAGCAGUACGAAGAUCCUGGAGGCGACCUAUAGCGAGCCAGAUCUGCGAUACGACGAGGUGAGUGCUCCAAAUCUGCUAGAGGGUGUCCACGAUGAAGAUGUUACGGAAGAUAGCAGUAGUGGAAAAGGCAAACAGAUAAAUCACAACGCAUCUCCGUUCCGACGCUGGGGCCAAUCCUCGCUGCGAUCCCGCUCGACAGAGCAUCGCACACCGACCAAUGGUUCAUCCCGACGCCCGUCAUCAUUGGCCGCUUCCGAGAGCGAUGUGUACACUAAAUCCAUCGACGAUGACUACAGCUCGACCAAAAGUGGCUACAAUCCGUACAUCGGUGGCGUCGAUACCUUAUCGACUGAGUCUGCUGCUGGUGUGGUUGCGACAGGAGGUAGCACGCUGGGAACUGCAGGAAGUGGUGGUAGCACUGCGCCAUCCACCGGCCCAACCGGAGUCGCAUCAUGGGGAACAUCCUUCGAGAAGCUGCUGGAAGAUGCUGGAGGUCUGCAUACUUUCUCGGAAUUUCUCAAGAAAGAGUUCUCGGCUGAAAACAUCUACUUCUGGACGGCAUGCGAACGGUACCGGCAGCUCACCGAGCGCGAAGAACGAGCACGCGAAGCACAGGCAAUAUUCGCCCGGCACCUGGAGUCUGGCUGCAGUGAGCCGGUCAAUGUGGACUCAAUCGCACGUAACAUUGCGCUGGAAAAUCUGCCGCAGGCCGAACCGACUCUGUUCGCCGCGGCUCAGAAGCAAAUUUUCAACCUGAUGAAGUUUGACAGCUACCAGCGCUUCAUCAAGUCCGACAUGUAUCGGGUGUGCCAGGAGGCGGAAGCGAAGGGUCAGGUUUUACCGUACCCGGGCGAACAGUUGGAUCCGAUGCUGCGCACUAGUUCCACGAUGGCCACUGCCAACGGUGCGAAUGCUGCCGGUGUAACGAAACUAAAGAAAUCGCUAAGCAAUGCUGAGGAUCGCCGAAGGAAGUCGCUGUUGCCGUGGCAUCGGAAGACACGCUGCAAGUCAAAGGAUCGCGGCGAUUCGGAUGCGUCCAAGAAGGAUAGCGGGAAGGGUACAGGUUCUGGUGGGACGGGAGGUGGCGAGAAAUCCUCCUCCGGCAUGGCAACGUCGGGCGGGGGUAGUAGUAGCAACACGUUGAAGCUGCUGUCAACGAACUCCACUAGCGAUAUACACAGUUCGCGAAGCUCGCUUGCAAGUUUUGAUGCGGCAAUCGGUGGCAAAUCGUACGAUCCGGAUGACUCGCGCAACACGCUCUGUCGGGUGAUCCUUUCGAACGGUGCCACAACCGUUGUGCAGACGCGAUCGAACGAAACGAUUAAGGAACUGGUAGAGCGGUUGCUAGAGAAGCGCGGCAUUGUGUACAACGCGUACGAAGCAUUUCUGGCCAGCGGUACGAAACCACUCGAUCUAGACGGACCGUCGGUGAGUUUGGCCGGGAAGGAGGUGAACAUAGAUCAGCGCGUCGUCUUCAAGUUGAGUCUUCCGAAUCGGAAAAUGAUAUCGGUCAAGAGCAAAGCGACGAAACCGCUCGCAGACGUACUGCGACCCAUCCUGUACAAGUACAAUUACGAGCUGGACCAGAUGAAGGUGGUAGUACAGUCGACCGUGGACGUUUUUCUCGAUAUGACACAGCCCGUAACCACGGUGGAUGGUUUGUGUUUGCAUAUACGCAGCGCGAACGAACCUACCGGCGGACCGGUUCAUCCCGAGCUGGGUCGUCCGCUGGCAGGAGCUCGGCCCGUCAUAAACACCGCCACACAUCAGCAAAUUGUGCAUCACUUUCAGCAGCAACAGCAGCAACUGCUGAACAGUCAACCCGCAGCACUCGGUACCAAUCAGCCGCAACCGCCUCACCCCUUUGUAAUCCCGUCCUCCAACCCCCCUUCCUAUGCGGUGGCAACCAACACAAAGAGUCAACAACUAUUCGGAAGUGGCACAGCCGCCUCCGCCACGUGCAAUACCAACAUGAGCCAAAAUCAAACACGUGCCAAGGAACAGACGGAAUCGGUGAAGGACGAGCAAACGGGACCAGCCAGACCGGGUCAGCAGGAGCUAAACACACUGGACGAAAUAACGAACAAAGUGUUUAACGAGCUGAUGAACGGUAAAACGGCCAGCAAUGGAGCGGUUGGGAAGGGACCGCCGGAUGUGGAUUGCACGUCCGACACUUCAUCCACCCGACGCGACCGAUUCCGUCGUCGCGGUUCCAAUGCGGCACCGUCGGAAAGUGGCCGGGGUGCGAAAAGUAAAAAGUGUUCCACCGGUGGUUCGGAGGACGGUGGCGAGAGUGUGAACAAUCUGGGCAUCAAGAAGCCGAUCAUUGCCAAAUUGAAGGCGGGCGUAAAGUUGCAGAUACCAACGCGAUCACAGAACGAUGAACUGCUGGAAGGACUGAAGCGAGCCCAGCGAAGCCGCCUGGAAGAUCAACGCGGCACGGAAAUCAAUUUCGAAUUGCCAGACUUUCUCAAGGACAAGGAAAACUUUUCGUCCGCUUCGACGGCCUCACUGGGCAACGCUAGCACGGUGGCGGCUGCUGCAGCACCGUCGACGGCAGGUCCGUCUAAGCUGACGCGCAGCAAACCGGCCCGACGCUCGGAGGCUACCACACCGACCAGCGAGUUUGUGGGCGGUUCGCUGCAGCAGAUCAACAAACCCCAACCUGCACCACGGCUAUCGAUUACCGGGCAGGGCGGACGACAGAAUCCUUCCGGUCCAGGGUCACCGGUCCAUGCGGCGGUCAGCGACAGUCAUCUGAAUCUGUCGACGCAGUGCAACGCAUCGCCGCUACCACAGGACGAUCCAUUUCACGUUCACGGCGGUGGCGGCGGAUCGCAAUCCGAAACUAGCUAUGCUGACACUACCCUAGUCUUCACCCAUGCCAGACCCUACAACGGUCAACCAUCGGUGGCCGCAACACCCCGCAGCACCAUCUCAUCCAACUCCGUAUCGCACCACCACGGACCGGGGGAUCAUUCCAGCGAUUCUAGCACCGCUGCCGACGGUGACCUGACCACCCUCGGCUGCUGUGAGCAUCAUCCGCACGAGCUAUCGCCCGACAGUUCCCCACCGAACCAUGCCAACCAUUUACAUCCAAUGCACUACCAUACGGCGGGAGCGUCUGGCACGCCAAAUAGCGGAAGUGGGGCGAUCACUUCCACCACCAAUCCCUAUCCAUUGGUACACUAUCCGUCCCACAAUCACCAUCAUCACCAUGUGCAUCCGCAUCAUCAUCCACACGGACAGCAUUACCACCAUCAUCACCAUAAUCAUAGUGCCGGGACGCGGUACCAAACGGCGACCCCGGUAGCCAAUGGGCUGGAUGGGCAAACGGGCGCGAGUACGGCAGACAGUCAAAAGGGGCCACCACCGUUACCCCCGAAGCCGAAGAUACUACCGAUGAAACCCUCCAACUGGGGUCAUCCCGUGGCUGCCUCGUACGCACCGGGACCACCCGGAACGAGUGGUAAUGAUGUUGUGCCCGGCAGCCUCACCAACGGAACCACCACCGCCGCAGGAAACAGUCCCAAUCCCUCCAGCACGUUAAGCAAUCAUCACGGUGGCGUUGGUACAUCACCGGUGGCAGUAGGAAGCAAUGGUAUUACUGGAAGUUCAACCGCGGCGCACAGUGAUGGUUCGGCGGGUGGUGGCGGAGCAAUCGGGCGGGAAGGAAACCGACGGACGAGCGGUGGUGGUACCGCGGACAGUGGCAGUAGUAGUGGGACGAUUCACUCCGCAUCUUCCGCGUCGGCGAUCAGUGUGGCCGUUGCACAAGCUCGUAACGUAUAUUUCGAUCAAGGGAAUAGCAGUUUUGUGUAGGUUUUAAAAAGGGGCGGAUUUUUUAGGGGUUGUGUUUUUGUUUUUGCAUCAGUUUGCGCGAGAGAAAUUAAUUUAUUCAAAAUUUGAAAUGGGUUAGAAUUUUAGCGCAAAUCUGGGAUUACGAUUCGACUGAAUCGGCGUGAUAUGAUGUGGUGUGUGAUGUUAACGGUUUGCCACGGAAGUAUAUGAUUCCUUUCUUUCUUUCUUUUGGUUGUAAAUAGUCACCGACGCAAGGUCCUUUGGGCUAGACAGGAAUUUAGCAUACGGUUAUUAAUAAAUUAUUAAAUUUUGUAGAAAAGUGUA